AUGCUAUAUACAUACAUUUUAGAUGACAGCAUUAAGAGUCCGACUCUGAUUCUGAGAGCUGAUCACUCGACUCUUUUAUUUCUCCGAUACAUAUCUCGAUGCAUCCUCGGAGACCCAGGGGCAGAUAGUGGGGGCGAGGGAAAGUCUAAACUGGCGGAAAAAUAUGGCACAAAAAAAAAGUAAAGACUUUUCUUCGUGCCUUAUUUUUCCGCCCGUUUAGACUUUCCCUCGCCCCCACUAUCUGCCACUGGGUCUCCGAGGAUGAUCUCGAUGCUUCUGUGAUUGUAAACCUUUUUCCGUUUGUCGGUUGAUGCACAAACGCUAAACGCCUUCUCUUCAGUUGUUUCCUUCUCGACAGUCAUGGCUUGGUUUAUGCUUAGUCCGAAAGUUGACAUGACAUUUAAUCGAACUGAGAUAUUUUAGCAAGUGAACUCUAUAUUCCGUCAAUUUUCAGUGAAGAUGCUUUUACGGAAGACGAAGACGAAGAUAAAGACGACGAUGCGGAAAUUGAUGCGGAAACUGAAGAGUCGGAUGAUCCUGAAAGGUAAACUGCAUGAUUUCACACAUUCAACAAACAGCGUUUUUACUUCUUUUCGACUAAGGACUAAUUUUCAUACUGAGCCGAAGAGAAUCCUCCACUGAGACCAGACAUAUCUCUCUGUCUCAGAAAUAAUUUCCCAAAUACAUGAUGACAUCAGACAUGUUUUUCUCUUCACCAAGCGUCGUUUAGGUACUAAAUUAUCAAAUCAGUUGACCACUCGCUGAGCUUUUAACAAAACCAAAAGCCCGCGGAGCGGGUACAAAUGGCAUAUUUCCCUCAUGAAUUGCCACCAACCUCGGGAUCAGAUAGUGAAGUCAGUUAACAAGUUACUUUCUACAACUUUCAAUAUGAACUGCGAAUCUGUCAGCGCAACUGUCAAUCAACUCGCAAUUAGGGUUAGGCGACCUUUUAUCGCCCAUCUUUUAUUCUUUCUUGAUGCGUCUCCUCCACAGAGCACUUCCUUAAAAGAAAUUGACGGAUAGUGCUAGUCAACAAUUUACGCGCUCCAAUUUUUUAAUCGCUACAGUCCUGAUUGUUCCUUAUAACUAACAAUCUAUUCCUCUCCUUUCAGUCCAAACCCUGUUUCUCAAGAUGACGAUGAAAACGACAAUGCAGAGUUAGAGAAUGCUGAAAGGUAAACCAUAUUCCAUGCAAUUAAAAACUGAUUGAUUCGAACCUUUUCUGGUGUAUUUUUUUCCCUUUAGUUGACGCCAUCAUUGAUAAUAAAAAAGAUAUACCAUUAUUUCAACUAUUUUCAUAUUUUCGUACAGCCUGCACACUCAGGCUGCUGUUCAUAAUCACUGCCAGAAAAAAGAAAGGCUGACCGUCGUUUUGAGUCAUUUUCUAAUUUUUCCAAGUGAUAGAGGAAAGAAAAUGUCGACUUUUUCAAGUUUCAUUGCAUUUUACCGAACAAACUUCUUAACCGUUUUUUUUUUUUUUGCGCAUUACUAGGUGACUAUUUCCUCUGUUUAGACUCUGUUGAGUUUAGGAAGAAUUGCAUCUCGCUGACUCUACUCCUUUCAGUUUUCACCUAAUCCGGCAGGAAACGAUUGACCAAGGAAUUCGACCUUUUACUUCAUGAUAGCAAUUGUUUAAAAAAACUUACUGAAAAACUGAAAUAUGUUAGCAAGUGUAAGUCACAACCAUUUCAACAAAUUUAAACGUCGUAGCGCUGACUUGCACGCAUUCUGUUUGAUAAGUGAAAAAAUGUUCAUAUCAUUGUAAAUAACUGACGAAUGUCUUUUGUUUUCAGUGUUUCCAUGACAACACGCAGGCCAGCAGCAGUUCCGAAGGCUUUAUAUUGGCGCCGCCGCAGACGCCGACGAAGCUACUAUCGACGCCGACGAAGCUAUUAUCGACGCCGACGAAGCUACUAUCGACGCCGACGAAGCUACUAUCGACGCAGAUAUUAUACACGCCGACGAAGCUCCUACCGACGUCGCUAUAUUGGAAAAAAAUGA